AUGUCAAAGAGAAACUCCACCAGACUGGCAAGCGCCCCUGCUGAGGCCACUCCCAGCUAUCUCCUCACUGGCAAGGUCGCCAUCGUGACUGGUUCAGGACGAGGAAUGGGUCGUGAGACCGCCCUCGAACUUGCUCGUCGUGGUGCCGAUGUCGUUGUCAACUAUGCCAACUCCUCAAAAGCCGCCGACGAGCUCGUUGCUGAGAUCAAGGCCCUCGGACGUGACUCCAUUGCUGUCCAGGGCAACGUUAGCGAUGUUGACCAGAUCAUCAACCUCUUCGCCCAGGCCAAGAAGCACUUUGGAAAGAUCGAUAUUGUCGUCUCAAACUCCGGUGUCGUCUCCUUCGGUCACUUGAAGGAUGUCGAACCAGAGGAGUUCGACCGUGUCUUCAACAUCAAUACCCGAGGACAAUUCUUUGUCGCAAGAGAAGCAUACAAGAACCUCGAAGUGGGUGGCCGUAUCAUCCUGAUGGGCUCCAUCACCGGUCAAGCCAAGGGUGUUCCAAAACACACGGUUUACUCCGGCAGCAAGGGUGCCAUCGAGACCUUUGUCCGCUGCAUGGCUAUCGACUGCGGAGACAAGAAGAUCACCGUCAACGCUGUUGCCCCCGGUGGUAUCAAGACCGACAUGUACCACGCUGUCUGCAAAGAGUACAUUCCCAAUGGUGCCAACUUGAACGACGAGCAGGUCGAUGAAUAUGCCGCCACCUGGUCUCCCAUGAACCGUGUUGGCAUGCCAAUUGAUGUUGCCCGUGUCACUGCCUUCUUGGCCUCUCAAGAUGGCGAGUGGGUCAAUGGCAAGGUCAUCGGCAUCGAUGGCGCUGCUUGCAUGUAA